CGGCCGACGGCGGUUCGCUGGGGGCGCGGCGGCCGAGGAGGGGCCCCGGACGUCGCCGUCUGCGAGUCGGAGUUUGGUGUCUGGGACGUCUGGGGGGCAUCCGUUCCACAGGGCAAGAGCAUCAGUUUCAAUCUGGGAAGCCUUUAAAUGAAACUUGCUUAAAGUCUUAGGUCCUACACAAAGGAGAGACCUCAACCAACAUUAAGGUGGAAAAGAGUGAUGUUGUCCUUGACAAACCUGCAGAAUAUCAUCUAUAACCCGGUAAUCCCCUAUGUUGGAACCAUUCCUGGGCAGUUGGAGCCUGGAACUUUGAUUGUAAUACGUGGGCAUGUUCCCUGUGAUUCGGACAGGUUCCAGGUCGAUCUGCAGUGCGGGAGCAGCGUGAAGCCGCGUGCCGACGUGGCCUUUCAUUUCAAUCCGCGCUUCAAGUGGUCUGACUGCAUCGUGUGCAAUACUCUGAAAAAUGAAAAAUGGGGAUGGGAAGAGAUCACCUACGAUGUGCCUUUCAAAAAAGAAAAAUCUUUUGAAAUUGUGAUUAUGGUGUUGAAAGAUAAAUUCCAGGUGGCUGUAAAUGGGAAACACAUACUGCUCUAUGCCCACAGGAUUAGCCCAGGGAAAGUAGACACUCUGGGCAUUUAUGGCAAAGUGAAUAUCCACUCAGUUGGUUAUAGCUUCAGCUCGGAUUUCAGAAGUACCCAAGCAUCUACUCUGGAACUGACAGAGAUAAGUAAAGAAAAUGUACUGAAGUCCGACACGCCACAUUAUCCUAGUAAUAGAGGAGACAUUUCUAAAAUCGUACCCAGAACUGUCUACACCAAGAGCAAAGGUUCGACUGCCCAUCACACUUUGACUUGCGCCAAAAUACUACCUACCAGCUGUUUGUCAAAGACUCUGCCGUUCACUGCGAGGCUGAACUCCUCAAUGGGCCCUGGACGAACCGUCUUCAUUAAAGGAGAAGUGAAUAAAACUGCCAAAGGCUUUAAUGUUAACCUUGUAUCGGGAAAAUCAAAGGAUAUUGCUCUUCACUUGAACCCACGCCUCAAUAUUAAAGCAUUUGUAAGAAACUCUUUUCUUCACGAGGCCUGGGGAGAAGAAGAGAGAAAUAUUACCUGUUUCCCAUUUAGUCCUGGGAUGUACUUUGAGAUGAUAAUUUAUUGUGACGCUAGAGAAUUCAAGGUUGCGGUAAAUGGUGUACACAGCCUGGAGUACAAACACAGAUUUAAAGAGCUUAGCGAUAUUGACACACUGGAAAUUGAUGGAGAUAUUCACUUACUGGAAGUGUUGCAUCCUGUGGCCACUGUUUGGUCACCAGAGGGAAAUGCAGCAGAGAGCAUCGUGGAACCCCUCCUCCACAUGUCCUCUUCUUGCCUUUGUUCCCUUCUUGGUUUUGGACCUGGAAGCUGAGUAACGUAGGUCCCUCAACAUAGUGGUACACUAACGAAAAUCCCAAAUUCCUAGUGAUGCCCCUCAUCCAGGACAUAAGAAACAGAGGUGAAUGUACUUUUAGAAAAGUAGCGAACCACUAACAUGAAAAAGUAUCUGUCUACUUGGCUACUCAGCCUUGCUGAGUAAGACCUGAACGCUUCUCCCUCGGGCUGCAUGGUGGCACGAGUGCCAUAUGUCCACAAGUGCACACAGCUGGAUUCCAACCCUACUUCUACCUGUCCCACUUUAUUAGGUUCUUAUAAAGCCUCUAUAGUUUAUUCCUUUAUGAGAACAGGGAUAAUGGCAUAUAGCCCAUCGUGAGGAUUAAAUGGUAUGCAGAGCAUGGAGUAAAUGGUCAUUACUAACAGGCAGCUCAUCUACUGCCAUCUUAAUGGCACUAGACACUCUGCUACAAUAGCCCUAUGUCUGGGGACCAGGAUACUCAAGGAUAUAAAUAUCUAAGGUUGAUGAAAAACCAUAUAGGAUGAUCUUACCAUCAAAACACCAAAGUACAGGUAGUGAAUACAGUGUAAACGAAGUUUCUUAUGAACGCCUGGUGGUCCCCUAACACGCUCCCUCACCCUACUCAAAACAGCAACUCCGCCUCCCACGUCUGCAGCGGGAGAUGCAGUGUACGAGGAAGAUGGGAGCCAAGGGCUCACCCCAUUCUAUCCACAUGCCCAUUAUCACUCGGUACAUUUUCAUAGAAUUUUACUCUAACUAUUUCUUAGCAAUUUAGGAAUUACCUUCCAUCAAUUCAGCUAAGAAAGGAAUGGACUCUGGUAGCAAGACAAUAUAAUUCUCCUUUAGUUUCUCAGCCAGCGCUAACACGGUAAUCAGAGCAGCAAAUCGAACCUGAAAGGGACAGAGGUAAAGAAUGAUGAUUUAAUAUGAGCAACCUUCUACAAACCAGUGUUUUAUAAGUGUCUUCCAGUGCUGCGGGGCCCAAUACGAAUUUGUUUUUAUAACAUUUUCUCCCCGCCCCCUCCUACCAGAGAGAGGGCGCCAUGCGUGUGAGUGCAGGUGGUGGGAGGCUGGGGUAGAGACAGAGAAGGAGAAUCUUAAGCAGACUCCAUGCUGAGCGUGAUGCCCGAUGUGGGGCUUGUCUCAUGACCUUCAGAUCAGGACCUGACCUGAAACCCAAGUCAGAAACUUAACUGACUGUACCACCUAGGCACCUCCACAUUUUCCUUUAAAAAUAAAUAAAAUGCUACACACAAACUGAAGAGUGUCAUCCCAAAUUUAAGUAUGCUGGAACUCAAUGGCUUGCCUGGCUGUUGGAGAUGAUGCUGGCCUGGCUGAAGAGCAUUGCUGGUCCCCUCAGGCAGGGCCCCUCCCUCAGAACCCUGUGUCACCACUAUAGUUGUGGGAGGGGCUGGGCACUGGCUCUGGUCUCAUGCUCAGCACAGAAUUAAAGUUUGGGUGUCUCACAUGACUGGUCUAUGAGAAGUAAUGCAAGUGGUUGUCAGGCACUCAAUGAUUUACCUUUGAAAAACAAAAGAUUAGAUCAAUAGGUUUGUUAAUUAAUUAUUGCAUGAGCAAAAGCACCAGCCCCCCACACCCUGGGGGGGGUUGCCUAGGAGGAGGGAGAAGGAAAAGCUGGUUCCCUGCUGAGCUGGGAGCCCAAUGCAGGGGCCAAAAGCAUGUUUAAUGGACUAAACCAACCAGGUCCUCCAGUGAUUCAGCUUAAAAUCAAAGCUGUACCAGUCUUCUUUCUAGUUUUUGGAUCAUUUAAAAAAAUAUUCAGAUACAGCAAAAUGACUUAAGCAUCUGUAACCACCUACGUUCAAACCAGACUUUCUUGGUACUAUACAGUCAAAACAUUAAAAUAAAUUUCAUGCUGCAACUUUGUAAGAAGCUGCAAUUUAAAAUCUGGGGGCUCGGGGCGCCUGGGUGGCUCAGUGGGUUAAAGCCUCUGCCUUCGGCUCAGGUCAUGAUCUCAAAGUCUUGGGUGGGAUUGAGCCCCACAUUGGGCUCUCUGCUCAGUGGGGAGCCUGCUUCCUCUUCUCUACUUGAGAUCUCUGCCUAUCAAAUGAAUAAAUAAAAUCUUAAAAAAAAAAAUCUGGGGGCUCAUGAAAACAGCUUUAUUGUUCUCAUAAAUAAAUAUUAUGAAUUUCAAGUACAAAACCUUUCAAUAAAAUUUACUUUGGUCUGUUUUAUUCA